GAAGAAAACAAGAAUACCUAAAGUUUUCCUCGUUGUCUGUCCGAAGAAGUUUGUCAGCACUCUUGCGCCUUCAUUCUUUCCUAGUUUUUAAUCAAACUUCACACUAUUGUAAAGAAUUUAAAUAUCUUGGACAAUUUCAAGGUAAUCGGGGCAAGACAAUGUCACUAUUACUAUUUUAGAAAAUCUUUGUCAGCACUCUAGUGCCUCAUUCUUUCAUGGAUCUAGGUUGAGGUCACUGUUGCAUCUUAAUAGAUUGCGGGGGCCGGUAGGGGACAUGUAUUGCUUCAGCAAUACUCAGUAUGCUUGUUAUGUUCAUUAGUACGCCGUAUUGUAUCGGUGUCACUUCCGCGGUCCUCGCGAGUCUCGAUGUAACUCUUUUCCCUGUUCAUAAUUGCUCUAGUGUAUUGUUGACACUUCUGUUAUGCUUUCCCCCCUUUUGACAGGUUGCAAGUAGACGUGUCUUCAUGAUGGUCGGAGUGCUCUUCAUGCUGUUUGGGAUUGUUGGUAAACUUUCCGCACUGUUCAUCACUAUUCCUUACCCAGUGUUGGGGGGAGCAAUGCUCAUUAUGGUAAGCAUGUUUACAGGGGUGGUUUUUGCCAACCUGCAGCACGUUGAUCUCCGCUCUAACCGGAACUUGGCCAUACUAGGGAUAUCUGUCUCCUUCGGUCUAAUUGUCCCAUUCUGGGUCGAGAAACAUCCAGAUCGCACGAAAACAGGAAAUGAGGCCCUAGAUCAACUGAUGGCGAUGCUGCUUGGAAAUCCGAUUUUGUCCGGUGCCGUGUUGGCGUGUUUGCUGGACAAUACUAUAGCAGGGUCACGUGUGGAGCGAGGGUUAACCGCCUGGGAAGAUGUGGCGUCAAACCAUAGUGACAAACCCGGUGACGUCAAAGUCAACGACGAAAUGACGGCUACAGAAGGAAUAGAGAUUUAUGAGCCUGCAGUUCCCAGAUGUGUGCGAGGGUGGAAGGGAUUUAAAUAUAUCCCAUUCAUGCCAGAUACAUUUUCUUAUACACAAACUGAAACAGACAAAAUAGAAAGCGCAUAAUAUUUUUCUUUUUUUCAUGUAUUAUUUAAAUGCAUGAAUUAUUUUUUGCUGAUUAUUUAUACGCUCAUAUUCUCAACUAGUAUAGCCGUGUUACCAGCACUGAUAUUAACGAAUAUUAUACUGUUUAGUGAGCUACAGAGAUGUUUGGGUCAAAACGGUCGGCAUGACGUAGAGAAAAUUACCUAACUUAUUUUUUCCCCAACACAGUGUUGGUUAAGACAUCAAAUGAACUUGGCACGAAACCGCAGUCUACCAUACGGGAUCGUCCAUUGUCCUAGAUUGGCUUUCAUGCUUUUGACCUUGUUGAGUACUAAAUUGACGAACUGGUCGUAUGGUUCGUUAAAAACUGUCUUGCUUUCGGCUUCGACAAAAUUGAUUUCUGAAUAGAUGUACAAGUAUGUUUGGCUUUUUGAGUUUUUGUUUUUGCUUUGCAUUCUUCAUACACACUCCGGUUUGACUACUCUCUACAACUGUAUGUCUCAUUAAACUUUAUUUCUGUAAUGUGAUUAUCAACGUAUUCUUGCCUGUCUGAAGUAUAACUCUACAUAGCUGAGUUUUAUUUGGUAUAUGCGAUGUUAAAUAAAUCUUGUUAUCCGUGUAUCUUUGUUAAAUCGUUCAACAUUUCGGCACCUUGGUAACAACUAUGCUAAUUAAUGCUCGGCACUACCCGUCAUCGAAAUCCUCUUUUCUGAUUGGCUGUCUCUUAUCUUGGAGGUGUACAUAUAAGGUCAAACAGAACGAAAAUAAAGCAAAAAUUGC